AUGUUGCGCGCCAAGGACGGGUCUCUUGCAUUUUCAGAAGAUCAGGUUCAACCCAGUGCCGCCACAGCGCCAAACAACCGUCCAGAGAUUGGGAGACGAGAGUUGAGACAAAUCAUGAUCGACUCUUUGUUGCCUGGGACAAUCAAAUGGGGUCAUAUGCUCAAAGCGGCCGAGCGUGCGCCAGAAGGAGAAGAAGGGUACGCUUGCUCGCUCACGUUUGAACGCGACGAGUCGGAUGGAACCAAGGAGACGGUGAUUGUUCGACCGCACCAGAAUACAGUGGCGUUUCGGUGGGAGAUGGAGAUUGUCAACGUCGAAAAGGCACACCCAACGGUGGCCGGGUUUGUCCGUGGGGGACAUAUGAUGGGACUCGGGGACAGCAAGGCCAUUAUUACCCAACAUAAUGCCGGCGAUAUUGUCAAAGUGUAUGCAGCCUAUCGUGCGCCAGAAACGUGGCUGGGGGAACAGGAUAUCACUACAAGUGGCGAUCCAGAGGCGGUCCGAGGGCGGAUAUUGAAGACGUUUGAUGGAUGGUCCGAGCAACUGUUGGAGAUUAUACGGGCCGUUGAACCAAACUUUGUCGUGAGGCCACUUAUGACACUCGAUCCCGAUCUGACAUGGCAACGACGCGUGGGAUCACGCUUUUGGGAUGCAGCGCAUGUCAUGACGCCGUUUGCGGGCGAGGGGCCAACCAGGCGCUUCUGGAUGCGGUUGACCUGGGAGAAGUCAUGGAAGCCGCCGCGAUCCUCGUCCACGGUUCUUCUUCUCCUCAAGAUAGAGCACUCUGGCUGCUACAUGUCCGGCGGUGCCUUGGCCUCUCCUCGCUCGAGCACUGAAGAAAAGCCUUCCUCUGCCGACACUUACGGCGCCCGCUCGCCGGCAUCGACCACGCGAUUCGGCGCAAACUCAUCUCAGUUUGAUGACGAAGAGCUCGAAGAUGUUUCAGAGCAAGACGAAGAGGCGGACCAGGCGAGAAUACCGACGAGAGCGACGAACCCGCGAUGA